AUGUGGUGGAUAUACAUAGGAUAUGGUGGAUGUGGUGGAUAUAUAGGAUAUGGUGGAUAUAUAGGAUAUGGUGGAUACAUAGGAUAUGGUGGGUAUAGUGGACAUGGUGGAUGUGGUGGGUAUGGUGGAUGUGGUGGAUAUAGUGGAUAUGGGGGAUAUGGUGGAUAUAUAGGAUAUGGUGGAUGUGGUGGGUAUAGUGGAUAUGGUGGGUAUAGUGGAUAUAUAGGAUAUGGUGGACGUAGUGGAUAUAUAGAAUAUGGUGGAUGUGGUGGAUAUAUAAGAUAUGGUGGAUAUAGUGGAUAUGGUGGGUAUAGUGGAUGUGGUGGAUAUGGUGGAUGUGGUGGGUAUAGUGGAUAUGGUGGAUAUGGUUCAAAGAUAAAAUAUAGCUAG